AUGUCUUUAUUUGUUGCCAAAGUGAAAAAUGUAUUGAGUGGAGAUACAAUUGUUGUCACGCCUUUAAAAUCAAAUCAGUUCCCACCACCAGAGAGAGUUAUAACAUUGUCCUACGUAAAACCAAUUGAUGAAUUCAAUUCAAAGGAAUAUUUAAGACAGUUAUUGAUUGGUAAGGAAAUCAAAUUCAAAGUUGACAAUAAAGCUGGAAAUAGAGAGUUUGGGGAUGUACAAUCACCUAUAUUCAAGUCAUUAAUAGAGUACCUUUUAUCCAAUGGUUACGUCAAGUUAAGAGAUAACAUUCCAGACGAUGAACAAGUUGAUGAAUUGAAGCAAAUUGAAAAUAACGCAAAGUUAAAUCAAAAGGGACUUUGGAGUACCAAGACGAAAAAAAUCGAAAUAAUCCCAAUCAAUGAAGAUAUUAUUUUAUCAUCUCAAAAGUCACCUUUAAAAUUAAUUGUUGAAAAAGUGAUAAGUGGUGAUAGAAUAAUAGGUAACGUUUUUGUAAAUAAGACUCAAGUUGCCAAUACGCCGUUAUUAUUAGCCGGUAUUAAAUCUCCAAGAACUGAUGAUCAAAGUCAAUCUCAACAAUUAUUAAAAGUAUCACAACAAGCAAAACAAUUUGUAGAAGAUAAAUUAUUGAGUACAAAAGCUGAAUUGACAACCACCAUAAUCGGCGAAAACCAAGCUGGUAUUCCAAUUGCAUUCAUUAAUCAUCCACUGGGUAAUAAUAUUCAUGAAAAAUUACUUGAAUCAGGAUUUGGUGAAAUUGUAGAUUGGCAGUCAUCAUUGAUUGGUUCUUCUGUCAUGAGUCAAUUAAGAAAAGCAGAGCAAAUUGCUAAAGCUUUGGGUAAGGGUAUCUAUGCAAAUACAACUACAAAGACUAUUAAUGGAGCUCAAAAUGGAAGCUCAAAAUUGAAACCGGGAGUUUCCAUCCAUAACGCAACAAUAGCAAAAGUAAUUAACGCUGAUACUUUACUAGUAAGACUUUCUGAAUCUGAUGAAGAAGUUACUGUCCAACUAGCUUCAAUCAGAGCACCAAAACCAAAUGAUACCACUGUAACAUCAGAUCAGUCAAAACAACAAGCUCUAGUUGCUACCGCUCGUGAGUUUGUUAGAAAUCAAGUCAUAGGCAAACAAGGAACUUUAUACAUUGAUGGGUUCAGAGAAGCUAAUAAAGAUCUAAAUUUAGAAGCUAGAUUUUUGGUUAGUUUUAAAUACGGGAAUAAUGAUUUAUCUGAAUUGAUAAUAACAAAUGGUUUUGGAACAGUAAUUAAACAUAACAAAGCUACUCAAAAUGAGCGUUCAUUAAACUGGGACAAAUUAAUUGAAUUAGAAAAUGACGCCAAAAAAUUAGGUAAAAAGGGGAUUUAUGGAGAUUUGAACAAAGUUUUGACUGUGGGAACAAGAAUCAUUGAUGCUUCAGAAAAUUUGACAAAGGCAAAAACUUUUUUCAACGGGUUUAAACAAAAAGGUAGAAUUAGUGGAUAUUACAUUGAUUUCAUUCCUAAUGUUACUCGUGUCAAAUUGUUUAAUCCAAAAGAAGGUUUGAAAUUAACUUUAUUGUUAGGUGGACUUUCGAAUAAUAAAAAUGAUGUUUUAUCAGAAGAAGGUUUAAAACUUUUAAAUAAAAAAUAUUUACAAAGACCAAUUGAAUUUGAAGUUUAUGAUACUGAUAAAUUAGGUGGUUUUGUUGGUAACCUUUAUGCUAAUUCAAAUUCAUUGUCUCCUGUCCAAGAGCAAAUCAUUUCCCAAGGAUUGGCAAAACUUCAUGAAUUUGCUGUUAAUUCUAAUCCUCAAGCUUCAGUUUUAAUCAAAGCUGAAGAUAAUGCUAAAGCCCAAGGAAAGGGAAUUUGGAAAAAUUUCGAUGCUUCAAAGGAAAAUAAUGAAUUAGCACAAGCAACUGCUAAAAUAGAAUCUACGAAAUUAGAAUCUUUGAAACCUAAAUUUUUCGAUAUCGAAGUUGUAUAUAUUGAUUCGGAAGGAUUGUUAUAUUUUCAUAAAACUGAUCCAAAACAAAAGCAAAUUUUCACAAAAUUCAAACAAGAUUUUCAACAAUUUCAUUCUCAAGCACCUAGUGCAUCAAAAUUAUCUCAAGAUUUACCGGUAAACUUAGAUAAACCUCCAAAAAAAGGUGAGUUAGUAUCAGCAAAAUUUUCAGAUGAUAAUAAAUAUUAUCGUGCAAGGUUUUUGGGAGUGGACAAAACUACUAAUAAAUAUGAAGUACAACACAUUGAUUUUGGAAAUAUUGAUAAAGUUAGUCUCAGUGCAUUACGUCAAUUACCUACAAAAUUCAAUACAACAACUAUACCAAAAUUUAUUUUCACAACAACUUUACAAAAUUUAAGAUUACCACCAUCGAAACCAACCGAUUAUUUAACUGAUGCCAUUUAUGCAUUAGAAGAUUUGACAUAUGAUAAAAGUUUAGUCCUCAGUGCAUUACCGGGAGUUCAAGCUGAAUAUGAAGGUAUUUUGUACGAUUCAGAAGAAAGUUUGAAAGAUUCAUCAUAUACAAUCAACAAACAACUAGUUAAAGAAGGUUGGGCUGUUGUUGAUACUAAAAAUGUAAAACCUGUAAAUAAGGAAUAUGUUGAUGAAUUAAUCAAAAUUCAAAAAUCCGCUAAAUCAAAUCAUAUUGGUUGUUGGGAAUUUGGUGAUGUUUCUUUUGACGAACAUGAUUUAUUAGCAUAA